CUUAAGCAGUGAGUGAGUGCAGCCACAUGCAAUCAGCUAUAUCCUGCAUCGAUCUGGUCAUGGCAGUAGUAAUGCUUCCGAGGCUUGUUGCCGUGGCAGUGCUGGUCGCGCUGAUGUAUGCCGUCGCUGUUGGCCAGGUACCUGCCACCGGCGGUGCACCGGUGUGUGACGGUGUUGAUCAGAACGUCGUGAAUGCGUGUUUCAAGAGCUUCGGAGAAGGUAUGAAAAUUGCUAUUGCCGACAGAAAUAUUUCGGCGGGUAAUAUCAUUAAGGUUCAAGUGGACUGCUGCAUAGCCUUUGGAGGCCACUCGUGCCUCUGCAAGAUGAAGGAGGUGUGGAAGGCUCAGGGCAAAAGUGCCCAGGACAAUGUACAAUGCGUCAGGGAAAAGGGCUGCUAG